AUGGAGGACCCAAAAGAAAUGCAAAUGGACAUGAACGCGAGUCGGAAUGUAGACGCUGACCCAGAACUCAGUUUGCAUGCAGAAGCCCUCUUGAGUUUACAAGAAACACUUGAUGAAGGCCAGAAGACUAGCAACAUUGAUGUCCAGAUGAUGUGUCUGAAUGUCAUUAGGUGUCGACAGAUUAUCCAGCAGUUGUCUGCCUCUGAGAGUGAUACAUUUUACACGGGAAUUUUACUACAGUUGGAAACAUCAUUGGGCUCUCAUGUAGAUAUUCUACAUAAGAAAAUAUCUCAGCUAAAUUCUGACACUCAGACUGUGAAGUACUCAAGUCAGCCUAGCUGUGAUGGAGAUGCUGCAUCUACAGGAAGGCCAGAGAAAGGCACUAUAUCAUGUGAUGACACACAGAAACUACAACGUCGCAUUGCUAUUGAGGACACUAUUGUUACAAAGGGUGGUCUGACAUUCCAAGACAUUGCAGGACUAAGUGAUGCCAAGCAGGCUCUUCGCGAGGCAAUCAUAAUGCCCUUACACUUCCCUCAUCUCUUCACAGGUGCUAUCAAGCCUUGGCGACGUAUCCUACUGUAUGGACCACCAGGUACAGGAAAGUCACGCUUGGCUCAUGCCAUCUCCUCGGAGAUAAAUUCAUCAUUCUACUGUGUGUCCAGCUCUGACCUCGUAUCCAGCUGGGUUGGAGAAAGCGAAAAAUUAAUUAAGGAACUUUUCCAACAUGCUACCACUCAGAAAGGAAGAUCAGUGAUAUUUAUAGAUGAGAUAGACAGUAUCAGUCGUCAAAGGAACUCCAGAGAAGAGGAACACACAAGACGUAUAAAAACAGAGCUGCUCAGACAAAUGGAAGGGGCAGACAACUCUGACAAAGCUGACAAAAUAUUCCUUCUUUGUGCCACAAAUUGCCCGUGGGAAUUGGACUCUGCUUUUCUAAGGAGAUUUCAAAAAAGAAUUUAUAUUCCACUGCCAGACAAACAAGCUCGUAUACAGCUGAUGAAGAUCCACACUAUCGGUAACAAGCUGGAUUUUACAAAGGAAGAAUGGCAGGUCUUGGGUACCAAUACUGAAGGCUACUCCGGCAGUGAUAUAGCGAACAUGAUGCUGGAGGCUCUCUUCAGGCCAAUUAGGGAUCUUCAAACAUCUACAUUUUGGAAACAACAACCAGAUGGCAGUUUCAUCCCUGCUGAGGAGGGCAGUGAGGGAACUGUAGAAGCUUGCAUUACAGAUCUACCACCUGACAAGGUUCUACCCAGGAUUGUAACAUUAUCAGACUUCAUGAAGUCAGUGGAAACUCACAGAAGGACUGUUACUGCUAAAGAACUCCACAGAUUUCAGGACUUCACAAAACUCAUGGGAGAAAGUGGAUAA